AUGGGGGUUCUGGAUACCAAGCUCGAGGUCCUCCAGGACAGGCUACUGAAGACUUGGGGAGUUCUGGGGCAGAAUAAGCCCCCAAUCCUACUUGCCUACUUCUUUGCAGGUGUUUCAUCUUUACCUCAGUGCUCUGAAAGUAACCUGACCAUCAGUGGAGGCGAUUUCACCCUCUCCAAGAUGUAUAUUGAUGGAAGUAUACUGAGAUACCACUGCCCAGAGGGUUAUUAUCCACAUCCUGUGAAAUUACGGCAGUGUUACAGAGGGCGUUGGGAUCCUGCACCUACCAGAAAACAGCCAGAGUGCAAACGGGUGACUUGCCCUAAUCCAAAUGUUCUGAACAAUGGAAUCGUGGACCCCUACAAGAGGAUUUACUACAUAAAUGACACAAUAACUUUUAGGUGUCACUCUGAUUACACCUUCCGUGGCUCCUCCACCCGUGUGUGCCAGGCUAAUGGGAAGUGGAGUGGUGGCACACCCGUUUGUAGUCGUAACUCUGACCACUGCCCUGAUCCCGGCAUUCCGCCUGGCGCCAGAAGAACAGGCCACAUCUUCAACAUCGAUGAUGCAGUUACCUACCGUUGCCAUAACAACCUGAAAUUGCUGGGUUCCAAAGUUCGUGUGUGUCAGGAUGAUGGACAGUGGUCAGGGCAAGAGCCAGAGUGCUACGCUGAUUUCACGUAUGACACUCCAGAGGAAGUAGCAGAGGCUUUUAGCAGUUCUCUACAGACUACUUUAACAAUGAAUGAGGAAACAGAUAAAGAAGGGAAGAGAAUCAAACUGGAGCAGGGGGGAAAACUUAACAUCUACAUUGCCCUGGAUGCAUCUGACAGCAUAGAGGAAGAAGAUUUUAAUAAAGCAAAGAAUAUCAUUAAGCAACUUAUAAUAAAAAUUCGCUACUAUCAGGUUUCCCCAAACUAUGAGAUCAUUAUUUUUGCCACAAAAGUUGAAACAAUAAUUAGUAUUGCAAAUUACAAGCAGCGUGAUGAUAAAAAGCUGGAUACAAUUCUUCAGGAUCUGGAUAAUUACAAAUUUGAUGCAAAAGGAAACAAUGCAGGAAGCAACAUUGCAAAUGCCUUUGGAACAAUUUUGGGAAGCAUGCAUUUUGAAAAGGCCAAAGAUCAGGAGGCCUUUAAUGAGACACAUCAUGUUAUAAUCAUGUUCUCUGAUGGUGUUUACAACGAAGGAGGGAACCCCAGUAAGAAUGUUAAAGAAAUCAAACAAAUUGUGUACAAUGGACAAGUUGAGAAACGGGAUGAAUAUCUUGAUCUGUAUGUGUUUGGUGUGGGUGAUGAUGUGCAAAGAGAAGACAUUGAUGACUGGGUAACAAAAAAACGGGAUGAGAAGCAUUUCUUUUUACUCCAGGAUAUGGAAAAUGUGGAAGAAACCUUUGAUCAAAUGAUUGAUGAGAGCACUAGUGUGAGCCUGUGUGGACUCUACAAAGACUAUCACGAUGGUACUCAAUCAACCAUGCGCCGUGGAUACCCCUGGCUGAUAAAAAUUGAUGUGACACAUGAGGAUGGUACAGUAGCCAACUGCUUAGGAUCACUGGUCACUCCUACAUUUAUUCUAACUGCAGCCCAUUGCUUUAGGUUUGGUGAUAUACCUGAAAAUAUUAAAGUUGGGGCACCCAAUGUUAGAGGCACCGCAUUACCAAAAGUGAAGGAAUACAUACCUCACCCCAAAUUCCAAAUCAGAGAUAAAGUGAAGGAGGGAAUUUCAGAGUUCUAUGAGUAUGAUGUUGCUCUCAUUGAACUAGAGAAGAGUGUAAUAAUUGGUACUGAUCUCAGAACCAUAUGCAUCCCCUGCACCAAGGAGACGAGUGGGGCUCUAAGAUUGUCUUCCAGUGGUGUGACUUGCAAACAUCAUAAGGAAGUGCUGAUGAAUAAUGAUCUUGUAAAAGCUAAUUUCAUGUCAUCUAAGAAAAAGGAUGAUGUUGUUCCAAAAAGAAAUGUCCAAAUCAAACAAGGACAUAAGAGGGCCUCAUGUAUUGAAGAUGCCAAAAAAGAAUUAAAUAUCACAGAUGAAAAAGCAGCGAAGAUUAUUACAGAAAACUUCCUGUGCACUGGUGGGGCUGAACUAAAUCAAGUAGAUGAUAUUUCAUGCAAAGGUGAUUCUGGUGGUGCUACAUUUAUAGAGCAAAAGUAUCGUGUGAUUCAGGUUGGAAUCAUCAGCUGGGGAUUGAAGGAUGUAUGUAAAGACAAAACACAGUCUAUCGAAACAGCCAGAGACUUCCACACAAACCUCUUCAGUCCAGAAGUGCAGGCUUUCCUUAAGAAAUACCUGGGUGAUGGAAAAAGAGGUGCUCCUCUAACAUUUUUGUAAAUCUAGAGACACGGAGGUCUGCAUACAGUUUCUGGAAGUGUGUUAUUUGUCCUCUUUUCUUAAUAAUACUUAAUACUUAAUAAUAACACUGGUUUUUCAUUACUGCAAGUCUGGAGCAUUUAUGGACAAUGAGCCACAAUAAAUCAUUUUGU